AUGGCUGGAGAGCUGUUCACCGCCGCGACGCCUGAUCCCGCGGCGCCACCGCGAGGGAUCAAGCGCAGCAUUGAGGAAGUGGCUGACAGUCUACUCCGCAGCAGUCUAGAGGAUCUGGUGGCCGGGGAAACCAAGAAUGUUCCCCUCGCAGACAUUCGAGAUGCGUUGAUGGACCAUUUGCUGGGCAGCAUUCAGACGGAUCUUAAACACACGGUGCUUUUUGUAUGCGAGGAAGUGGCGGAUAUUCGGCCAGAGCAGGCUGCAAGUGAUGUCGCGAAUGAAGGUGUGGAAGGUGACUAUCAAAUUCACAGUCGACUAUCUGAAGGCGACAGCAUUCCUCGAUGCGAUGCGACACUGCUCAAGAUUCCUGUGUCCAAGCACGAGAUUGAAAAGGAGAAACACGCAGCCAAGAAGGCUAUCAAGAACAAGAUCAAGAAGUUUAAAAAGAGCUCUGGAGAGACGUCCAAGCCAAGCGCUGACUUCUACGUUUUGUCACCGGAGGAGCUGAAGAUGCAUCUGUCGUCAAUCCCGUUCGAGGACGCAAAAGCAGUGGCAGAGUUCGUCUCUACGAAGCCUUUGGCGGAUGGUGAGACACGGUCAGCUGAGCAACUUCUACUUGCACUUGACUGCGAAAUGUGUCGGACCACAAAAGGCGUAGAACUCACGCGCCUUACGCUGGUAGAUGCUAGUGAAAAGGUUCUUUUGGACGAAUACGUUCGUCCAAAGAACCCCAUUGUGGACUACUGCACACGGUAUUCGGGUAUCACAUGCGAGAUCAUGGAGGCUACGACCAUGCGGUUAGCAGACAUCCAAGACAAGUUCUUAGCUCUUGUGCCCGCUGAAGCCAUCUUGGUGGGCCACUCAAUCGAGAAUGACCUGCAAGCGCUUCGGGUGUUGCACCGUCGAGUGAUCGAUACUGUAUGCUUGUAUCCACACCCUAAAGGACCUCCGUUCCGCACUGCGUUGCGCUUUUUGGCGAGUCAGUAUCUCAACCGAGCCAUCCAGACUGGCACAGAUGGCCAUUGCAGUGUGGAAGACGCAAUUGCUACACUGCAGUUGGCGCAACUUAAGAUCAAGCACGGACCUACGUUCCCGAGCAUCGAGCAUGAGUACAAACAGAAGAAAGUGGUGAACGAGAUGGCUCGAGCAAAGAAGUCGGUGCUUAUCGUAGACUCACAGCGCGCCUGCAGGUCGCUCAGCGGCGGCGUGGCUUGUAUCAUCCCGCGUGAAGACCCUGGCGAGGUCGUGCAGACAGUCGUGCAUCAACUGACGACAGGGUUUCCGCCACAUCUUACCUGGGCACGCAUACGCGGGGUAGAGCGCUCAGAGAUCGCUGCGUACGUGCAGAAGAUUAAGAGCAACUUGCCCGAGCACUCGUGCCUCGUUACGGUACUCAGUGGGGAUACUAAUGAGCUGCGUGCGCUUCAUAAACGGCGCACUGCGCGCACUGACCCUCGGAGUUCGCUCAUUUGGGACAAGAAGCAGCAAGAAGAGCUGGAUGCAACAGCCUUGACAGCCCAAUCAGGACUUGUACAUAUCUACUUGCAGUAA